AUGAUCACCGCCCCGUUUGAACCGUGUGAGUCCGAGAUGCUAUAUGCCAAGGUGCACAUCCAAGUCGAGCCCACAACAAGCAUUGACAACAACAGCAACUACGACAGCUCCAGCUCCAGCUUAGUGAACAAUGAAAAUAAAAAGGAGCUGGUGCGACUGGGAGCCGUUGGCCGUCGACGCGCCAUCGUGGCACUACCUGCCAACAUCCUCAAUAGUAUUGCAGAGAUCUCAGAACUCAAGUGGUGA